GGGGGGGUGCAGGCAGAGCCUGAGAGAGCCAACUAAUGAUCGAUCAGCCCAGCCUAGUCCCAAGAGACAGACGGAAGCACGAACAACGGAGGGGGAUGGAGUCGGGUCGAAUGCUGUUGAUGCUUUUGACCUUAACGGGAAUCACAUCAGCGCAGCCCGAGCAGUACAGAGCGGUGGAUUGGCUGAGCAGAUAUGGCUACCUGCCUUCUCCUGACCCGCGCACAAGCCGCCUGCAGACCAAAGAGGGGAUCGAGAAAGCCAUCCGUCUCAUGCAGAGAUUUGGCGGGGUCCAGGAAAGCGGCAUUCUGGACGCCCAAACGCUGAAACUCAUGUCCACGCCUCGAUGCUCCCUCCCGGAUAUUGUCGGGACCGAGGACAUGUUGAAAAGGAGAAGGAGGAGGAGAAGAUACGCCCUGUCAGGCCUUAAGUGGCACAAGACAGAGCUCACAUGGAGUGUCCACGGCUACCCUUCGCCGUCCCUCUCACCCGGCAUGUCCAGCAAUCUGGUGGACAACAUCCUGGUGCAUGCCUUCAAAGCCUGGAGCGCCAAGACCGCGUUGACAUUCCGCCGGCUGGAGAGCGGCGUCCGCGGGGCGGGAUCCGGAGGGGACAUCAGAGUGAAUUUUGCCCGCUCGCUUCACGACGACGGGUACCCUUUUGACGGGCAGGGGGGCACCCUGGCGCACGCCUUCUUCCCCGGCGGUCAGGAAGUGUCGGGUGACGCACACUUUGAUGACGAUGAGAUCUGGAGCUACGGAGAUAACAGCGGCCGCAGCACAGACCUGUUCACAGUCGCCGUGCACGAGUUCGGGCACUCGCUGGGCCUGUCCCAUUCCUCGUCCGAUCCGUCCAUCAUGAGGCCCUACUACCAGGGUCCUGUGGGAGACAUCCAAACCUUCCAGCUGGCCCAGGACGACCUGAUGGCCAUCCAGCAGCUUUAUGGUGUGAAUGACGGCGGACCACCAGGAGGUGUUGACCCUAACCUCCCUCGCCUGCCCAGUCCGCCUCCCCCCAGACCAACACAGCCUUGGGACCCGCCAUUUGAGGAGCGCUGUCAGGGAGGCUUUGAUGCCGUGGCAAAUAUCAGGGGAGAGGUGUUCUUUUUUAAGGGUGCACACUUCUGGAGAACCACGCGAGACGGGUUAUUGGUGUCCUUCAAACGGGCUGAGAUCAAGAACUUCUGGAUCGGCCUGCCGUCAGGAACGAAUAAGAUCGACGCGGUGUACGAGAGAAAGAGUGACAGCAGGAUCAUCUUCUUUAUUGGAUCUCAGUACUGGGUCUUCAAGGACACAAUGGCCAUGAUCGGCUACCCUCGGCCCAUCUCCGAGUGGGGCAUGAGGACAGAGAGCGGGGCGCCGGUGGUCACGGUGGAGGCCGCCUUCAUCUGGGCCCACAACGGCAAGACCUACCUGUUCAGCGGCGGGAGGUUUUGGAGGUUCGACGAGAGCCUUAGUGGCCAACGUGUGACCAGGCAGCUGGAGCCGGGCUACCCGAAGAACAACACCCUCUGGGGAGGAGUGCCAAGCCACAUGGAUGACAUCAUCAGCUGGGGAGAAGGAGAUGCCUACUUCUUCAAGGACAACCUCUACUGGGUUCUGAAGAGCGGAGGGCUGAACCAGGAGGUUGUCACUCCCAAAUCCAUCGCAGUAGACUGGCUCAGAUGUCCGGCUCCUCCUGCCACCUCCGCUCCUCGGAGCCCGAAGGAGUGCACCUGUGACCUGAAGGGAUCAUCUUCCUUCAUAAGAAGCAGCCGGCUCCUGCUGAUCUCAUUCAUGUUGGUCGUUCAUGAAUUAAUUAGAAAAUAAGUGUGGCUGCCGACUGUUUUUUAAAUUAUUUUAUUACAUUCCUUGUUGCACUGCGGGCGAAAUCUUGCCUCUUCACCUUUUGUUUCCUCCCUCUGUCCUGCCACAGAAUACCCCCCCCCCCCCUCCUUUUUAAAGUGUUGUGUUACAUUGAGCCUGUGAAGCAGAAUGCAUGUAAAUUCACACAGCAAUCCCAAACGUCAUAAUGAGGUCUUACAAAACCACCUUGUGUUUGGACAGUAAAUUGCCACUCAAAUGUACUGAAUUGCAAUAGUCAGUUUCUUUAUUAAAGCUCAUUUUUUAAUAUUUGUAUUUGCAUAUGAAUCUAAUCAGAAUAAUAUGGUAAAUCAAACUUUACUAUCAUUUCUAUAUUUUCUGAUAAGCAUUGUACUUGUGAAUCAUUUUGAAUCCAUCAGGAAUAAAAGUCGUUGACAAUGAGACCGAUGUUAUCAUGCAUGACGGAGCUGUUGCUGCGCACGGACUUCAUGCUGCAGCGCACGCUUCUACACAUGCACGACACGUAGACGUGGACUAGAGCCUGUUCUGAACAUUCUCCAGCGAUGGUUCUAUACGCGGAUGGUCCUGUUGACCAAUGGUCUCCAAUAGGAAGCCCUCUCUCAAAUACACAUCUCAGUGCCUUCAAGUCCAACAGUUAAAGCGUGUGGAAAUAAAGUGGAGGAAAACCGCGGCAAUAAAAAUGUCAUUUUGCCUGAUGAA